CCAUCUCUUUUUUAAACUUUUGAUAUUCUAUUCUUUGCUAGCAUCUUCACAAUGGCUACAUAAAUGAUCAAUUGAAGAAGAACAAGAAGAAGAGUUUGGUAUAUCAUAUUACAUUUUUAUUACAUAUUAUUGUUUUUAAUAGUUUUGAUUAUAAGCAUGAAUGAUUGGGCACCUUCAAUUGUAGCUUCGGCAUUGUUUGCAUUCCUAAGUCCAGGAUUGAUCUUACAACUUCCGGGGAAGCAAAGGCCUGUAGAUUUUUUGAACAUGAAGACAAGUUGGAUGUCCAUUUUGGUCCAUGCACUCAUCUUUGGUUUGCUUCUUAUGUUGUUCCUUAUUAUUUUACAUGCACAUCUUUAUAUUUAAUAUUUUGCUUUUAAUUGCUAUUCAAACGUGCUUAUGAAAGUAAAUGGUUUAAUUUAUGCUUUUCAA